ACCUCCGAGGGGUACAGCGGAUUAUUUAUUUAUUUAUUUUAACAUUACUGGGAUACUAAAGGAAAGACCACAAUGCCUGACUUCCGAAUCUUUCACGUCAGUGACGGUAUCCCCGUGGCCGAGUCAAUGAUCACCAAAUUUUCCGGAGACCGGUACAACCUGACGGUGGACCUGUACGACCUACAGCGCCGCUCGUCUUCCCAGACCAGCCUGGCCAACAUGACAAAAGCGGACAUCUCGGUGCUCCUGGUCACCCCUGGCAUGCUCAAGUACUUGAACACAACCACGGAGGACGAGAGGCCCUCUUUCACCACACACCUGGGUGCUGGCAGCAAGCCUGUCGCUGUUGGCUGCUUUGUGGCAGUUGAAGAAAUCCAAAAGCAAGUCUCCAUCAUAUUUAACAACAGUGACCUCACCUGGCGCUACCUGGAGGUGGGGGAGACCCGUGAAUCAUUCAACCAAUGCAUGAUCAGUUUGAUAUCAGCGCUGGAGGAAGAGCAUGUGUACAUGCCCAUACCAAAGUUAAAGAAGUGUCACAUUUUGCCCAACAAGCCAGUUUUGGCUGGCGACGUCAGAUUUAUCCUACUAGAGGACAAGCUACCUGAGAAUGUUGAUGGAUCUAAACUCACUCUACGUUUGGAGAACGGACAUGAGAUUAUCGCCCACAAGUUUUCUGAAUGUCUUUAUGAAUUUAAUGUCCCAGCAAGUUCCCAGAAUUCAGUCGCCAUUGAGAUAUUCACAAACGAAGGAGCAUCAUUAGGAACAGAUGAAAUAAAUUACCGCAACAAAGCGCACCUGCUGUCGUCCCUCCUGCUGGACCUGAUUAACCCCAUAGAGUUCAUGUGUCAAGCCCUGCAGCUGGAUGAGAUCUCCGCCGAGGCCCUGGACGAGAAGCUGGCCAGCUGGUUCAAGUUCAAGGUCCACGUCAAGACCAUGUCUGAAGCUCAGCGUAUCAUGAUGGGCUGGAUCGAGUCCAUUAGCUGUGAGAGUGGCUCUAUGCUGAAUUCCUACCAAGAGCUGCCUACACUGCUUCAUAUGUCAGCCAAGUUCAACCUGUACGCUGUGGCUGAAAACCUUCUCAGACAUCCGUGGGCCUCCAUGGCUUUAGGGAUACGUAACAAGGAUGGCUUUACGCCAGAAGAAAUUGCUGCAAAUUAUAAUCAUCAAAACUUGGCGCAGCUGUUCAGGUCUGAGAUAGAGUUUUUACAGACAGCUUCAUACGAUGAUGAGAUGUACAUGACAAUGUCUGCAGAAUACUCCAACCCUACCGAAUUAUUAUUCCGUGGAUUAAGAGGACCUAGCCAUACAAUUCUUCUUGAUAUGGCCCAAGAUACUAGCAGAAAAACAAGAAAACAGAGUCAGAAUUCCAUGAGUUCUAUUGGAGAAGAAAGCAACAGUUUGGAAAAAGAGAGUUCAAGCCUUUCUCCACCACCUGUGUUUAUUCAAAGAAAACUGGCACCAACACCAGUUGAUAAAACUACCUAUGGGCAGACAACUCUCAAGUCACCAGAGGGUGGAGCAACUGAAUCUACACCCAGCAACCUGCUGGAACAAUCAGCAUUCUCUCCCCUAUCCAAUGGAAUCAGGGUCUCGGCCAAGACGGUAGUCCAUCACAGAUAUCAUAGCUUGGACUCUGAUCCCCCCUCCACAUCCUCGUCAGGGUCUCCCAGCACCACAGAUAAGUUGUCCUCCCAACAGAGAGCAACAUUAGACAGAAGCACGUCCAAAUCAUCGAGGUCUUCUAAUGAAUCUUCUGGUAGGCCAGGCACACCUCCCAGGUUGGCCCAAAAUUUGAAGCUCUUCAUGGCGCAGGGUAGAAAAAAAGAUCCUGAGCAAUCACAAGAAUCUCAAAAGAAAUCUAAGAAAAAAGAAAUAUCAUUCGCCAACCCGCUGUCAAGGGCCUACUCUGUUCAGAAUAUUUCUGCCCCAUCCAAGUCUAGGAGAUCUAGCGUGACAGAGCUAGUUGAUGACUCCAGGCUGACAACUAGCCAGAGUAUGACCUGGCUGGUUGAGGAAAUAGCGCGCAAGGCCUCUCAGGUCAAGUGGGUCUCUCCUAGGUUCCCAGAGAGGCCUUCAACCUUAAACCUAGCCCCACCCCCUCUGCCAAGAAAGAACAGCAACAAAAAUGUACCAGUUGUCUCCCCUUCAAGUAAAGCAGACGCCACACCCCUUCAGCUUGCAGCAGUCAAGUCACCUGACCAUUCCCAGCCAAUCAACAUGUAUUUUGAGGAAACAGUUGGAUCAAAAAGCAAGAUUGGUUGUGCAAAUCAUGAAGGCCUUGAUGAAGCUAUAUAUGAGGAUGUUGACAAUUUGGCAAAGAUGAACGGCAACUUACAUGACAAUUUUCUACGUAACAGGACCUCAAGAGGCCGACAGUCACACCGCAGGCGUGCUAUACUGGAGUCAGCUUUAGCAGACGAGACAGUGAAACAGGCAGAACUUGAUUCCAAAACUUCCAUGCAAGUUUCAUCUACAUCCUCAUCAACACCAUCCACAGCAUCAUCAAUGGCAUCAUCCACAGCAUCAUCUUCAUCCACUCAGUCAGAUGAAACACAUGUUAAGUCACCAUCAAUAUUUUCUGCUUUGUCUUCCAAACUCUCCUUUGGCAAGAAGCAGUACAGGGCUAGCAGAGAUCAUGUAACUAAGAUGUGAAGUUGGUUUUAGAUCAUUGUUGUAAGUAGCUGG